AACAGGUGGAAAGAGGAGGCGGGCAGAACCCUCUUUAAAUCAAGUUCGUAUUAAACCGAAUUGUCUUAGUGUGUGUUUCGUGUUGUCUUAGUCGGGUUCUUUUUCUUGUUUUGCAUGGUUCGUGUUGUGUUAUGAUAGAAUGCGAAACCAGUACUCAUUUUCUUAAAUUUGUUUUUUGUUGCUUUAAGCCACAGUCUAGUAAAGGAUCUGACUCCAAGGAUGUUUGAGUUGGAAGGAGGGUGGAAUGUCUCUUUUGCCGGUUGUGGGUUUUUGGGGGUGUAUCACGUCGGUGUUGCCAGUUGCUUUCAAGAAAAAGCCCCCUACCUGAUCAGAGAUGCCAAAAGGAUCUAUGGGGCAUCAGCUGGUGCCCUAACUGCAGCUGCCCUGGUGUGUGGAGCCUGCCUAGCCCAGUGCUGUGCAGAUGUUAUGGAUGUAGCUAAAGAAGCCAGAAAGAGGAACCUGGGCCCCCUGCACCCAACCUUUAACCUGGUAAAGAUUUUACGAAACGGCCUCAACAACAACCUACCCGAGAACGCCCACGAGCUGGCGACGGGGCGGCUCUGCAUCUCGCUCACACGCGUGUCCGACGGGGAAAACGUCCUGGUGUCUGAGUUCAGCUCCAAGGAGGAGCUUAUUCAGGCACUAAUCUGCAGUUCGUUUGUCCCCAUUUACUGUGGCAUAAUACCACCAUCAUUUCGGGGAGUGCGCUACGUAGAUGGAGGAAUCAGCAACAACCUUCCUCAGUACGAGCUGAAAAACACCAUCACCAUCUCACCAUUCUCUGGGGAGAGUGACAUCUGUCCAAGAGAUAACUCCACCAACUUCCAUGAACUGCGAGUUGCCAACACCAGCAUCCAGUUCAGCUUGAACAACUUCUACAGACUGACCAGGGCACUCUUUCCUCCUGAGCCCAAGAUACUGGCAGAAAUGUGCCAGCAAGGAUACAAUGAUGCACUUAGAUUCCUGAAGGAGAACAAUCUUUUCAGGCUGCACGCCCCUGUCGUUAGCCUGGCGGAGGUGAAGCUCCCUGUGCCUACAUGCUCUGUUGGAGAGAGGAACAGCCAGGGAAAACUUGUGAGCACUGUACCAACACAAGAGGAGACCACCAAGAAGAGAUUACUAAGAGUCUUUAGUUUCUUGCGCAAACAGCACUGGUCUCUAGAUGAGCAGUUCAUCGAGAAUCUCCCGCCCGCACUCAGAAAAGCUGUUUUCGAUGCCUGCAAGGAAAAGAGUGGUCUCUAUGCCCAGGUCUCCAACAUGCUGCCCAUCCGUGUGGCAUCCUACAUGCUGCUGCCCUACACACUUCCAGUGGAGUCUGCUUACUCUGUUGCUUUAAGGUUAGUAGAGUGGAUCCCAGACGUUCCUGACGAUGUGCGAUGGUUCCAAGAACAACUGCGGCACAUCGCCGGCUCAGUUUAUCAGCAAGCCGUUCAACGAAUGGGGAAACAGCAGUCGAGCACACCCCCUCUACGGAAAUGCAUGAGCCUUCCUAUCACUCUAGAGAUGGACCAACCCUACCUUGGCCUGGCUGGAUAUCAGCAGUUCUCCUCGGUGGACCUGGACAGAUGGUACUGGGACUUCAACAGCCCGCCUGCCCUGCUUAGCAAACAAGCCCUCUCAGCCUGAUCCCUACCUCCUCACCCAGGCAGACCUGCUACUUCUCAAGCUCGCCAGAGAGAUGGGUUUAGAAAACUCCCGACACGUGCAAAAAAGGUGAUGUGUGACAACCUGAAAAUGUAACGCUAUGCAUUCGCGAUUUUGUUCAUUAUUUACUCAUGGAGACUCCACAUAUGGUUUCCAGUUGCUCCUUAUUUUAAAGCUAAGGGGACCCGAAUGACAAGGAUGUUAUCACUUCGAGGAAAUGUUUCCUUCCUGUACACUAAAUGAAAUGAUCAAUCUUCAAAGGGUUGGGUCAUUUCAAAGUCUGCAUCCUACUAUAGUUUCAUGUAUGAACAUGGCAGCAGAAAAUUUGAAUUUCUCUACCUCAGUUUUGUAUUUAUCAAAUGUAAAAAGCACUAUAAACCCUGAAUUAUUUAAUUUAUUGAUGUACUACAUAAUACUUUUAAAAAAAAUGAGGUUUUAACUGCAGGUAGUGUCAGAUUUAAAAACAAAGUGCCUUACAUUCAAAGUUUUUGGUUGUUUUUCUGAACCAUUUUUUUAGACUAGAAUUUGGUUAGCAAAGUUAUUAUCUGUAGGAUUUGUUAGCAUUCCCACAAAACUGAGUCUGUAUUGCCUUUAAGGGCAUGUGGUCCAACCAUUCUGUGCACAUGGCAUCCCACUGCUAAGCAAAAAAGAUGUGGCAGGAAGCCAACAAGUAAGCUGAUUUGAUUUAGAGGAAAUAAACUUGAGAUACCAAUCCUCUUUAAAAUAUUAGCAAUUCAUUUUGGCUUAAAAUAUAAAUGGUUUUCCAAAGGCUGCACAAUACACUGCACUGUCCCAGAAUAUUUCACCUACUAAAAGCGUGUUCUUUACCCUAAACUUGAACAAUGAAUCAGUAUUGUAUUUGUGUAUAGCUUGUAUAGUAACAGUACAUCCCAUUGUAGUACCCAGCUUGUUCACAGUUAUAUAUAAGAGCAAGAAAACAUUUUUUUGACCAGGAUCACUCUGUCUGGUUCGGCCUGAAAAAUAAUUCAAACUGUUACUAAAUCUUUUUAAAUGUGCAAUAUUUACAAAUUAUGUUUUGUGUGUGUGUAUAUAAUAAAUUAGAGAACUGUUAUAUUAAAAAAAAAUACAUAUAUACUAGGUUAGGACAAGAUUGGUGUAAACUUCUUUUUAAGAAAUGGUGUAGAUUUGAUUGUAGUUCUAUAUUUGUUCUGUAUUUCAGUUUUGAAAGAAUUUAAUUGUGCUUAAAUUUUUCCACAGAAUAAAUACUCUGUUGCAACGAAA